AUGGGUAGAGACUUCAGAGGAGGAAGAGGCGACACAAGAGGAGGCGGUCGAGGAGGAGACCGAGGUAGAGGAGCCCCAAGAGGUAGGGGAGGCCGAGGAGGUCGAGGAGGCCGAAUGGGAGGAGCUCCUAAGGCUUUUGUGGUUCCACAUCCAAGAUUAGCAGGAGUUUUUGUUGCUAAAGGAUAACAAGAAGCUUUGGUGACAAAGAACAUGGUGCCAGGAGAAUCAGUGUACAAUGAAAAGAGAAUUUCAGUGGAAGACAAACAAACUGGAGAGAAAGUCGAAUAUAGAGUUUGGAACCCAUUCAGAUCAAAGAUUGCUGCUGGUAUAAUUGGUGGUGUUAGUGACAUCUUCAUAAAGCCAGGUGCCAAAGUAUUAUAUUUGGGAGCUGCAUCAGGAACAACAGUGUCUCACGUUUCAGAUGUCGUAGGAUCAGAAGGCGUGGUUUAUGCAGUGGAAUUCUCUCACAGAUCUGGUAGAGAUCUUGUAAAUAUGGCAAAGAAAAGAACAAACAUUGUGCCUAUCAUCGCUGAUGCAAGAAAGCCAUUGGAAUACAGAAUGCUCGUAGGAAUGGUGGAUGUUGUGUUUGCAGAUGUUGCACAACCUGAUUAAGCCAGAAUUGUUGGAUUAAAUUCAUAAUAUUUCCUUAAAAAGGGAGGGCAUUUCAUGAUCUCCAUCAAAGCCAACUGUAUUGAUUCCACCAAUCGUGCUGAAGUUGUAUUUCAACAUGAAGUGUAACGUUUAAAGGAUGAAGGACUUACACCUUAAGAAUAACUCACUCUAGAACCAUAUGAAAGAGAUCACGCUAUUGUAAUUGGAGUAUAUAACGCUUGAAUAUUAAAAUAUAAAGUAUAUUAAAUUU